UAACCCUUUGUAUAGACAAAUGUCCCUUAGCAUUUCAUUAUUCAAUAAUGUCCAUAGAAAUAACAGUCUGAUAUUAAAGUUAGGUGUGUUCAUAAAAUACAACAUGGACUCUUGCUAAUAUGAAAGAAAUGAAUUUAUCAGGGCACUGCUACCUGGUAGAUCAUUUACAUUCUAUGGAUUUGAAUGCACUACUGAAGCGAGCUGACAAUUACUACUCGCAAAUUAUCCAAAAGCAUGUGGCAUCUGAUGAAUACUUUUCUAUUCCAGGAGGAGAUAAGUUAAAAAUAGAUGAGUCCAGCGUUCUUCAUAUUCCAUUGUUUCGGGAAGAAGACUCUAGAAAAAUCAUGGUCUUGGUAAACACAAACAAAAGCGAGUCAGUUCUGGCAAUUUAUUUGAAUGAAAUUUGGUGGCCUGUAGAUGAGAUAUUGAAGUCAUCUUACCAUGAGGGCUUAAAGCAGGUACAGACAAUAGGAGAGAGACUUGUUCUCUUUGUCCUCAACUGCUUGGUUUUUGGGAUUUUAGAGGGAGGUGCUUCAGAAGAUGGAGUCAACUUUCUCGCUCACUCUGCAGGAGAACUGGCCAAGAUCUUCUGGCUUAAAGGCAAGGCUGUGGCAUUUUACACUUACAAAACUAAAGGCAACUUGUGUAACAGGACCAAUAGCCAGUGCUACCAGCUUACUGUCCUUGACACCAUGUUUGUCAGGAAGACACAUAGACGACACGGUUUGGGAACACAAAUGUUGGAAGAUUACUGCCAGAGUUUUCGAAGUGACGCUGCCUUAGGUAUCAGCUACCCCAUAUCUUCUGCAAUGUAUCAAGUGUGUAUCAAAUUCUUGAAUAAUCAUCCUGAUGAACGAGAUCGUUUAUGGGAAGUAGAAGCUCCAGGUGACUGGGACCAGCGUAUUAAUAUCUGGUUACGAAUACAGCUUGGGGAGAACCCAUCCGUUCAAGAAUGCGCUGCAGACAGUAAGGAUUUACAUCCAUGUGAGGCGGAUGCUCAACUGAAAGUCAGCAACCAGGAUCUUGCUGAGGGUGAUCUUUCUUUUCAGACUGUGAGUAAUAAUGGACAGUCAGUGUCUCUGCAAGACCAGAAAAGGAGAAGAAACCAAACGGAAACAAAGGAAGAGACUUUCAUCAAGAAAAUCAAAACAGACUAAGAAUAUAGACAAUUCUGUAUUAAGCCUCUGUCAAACUCACAAUUGUGCCUGUACAUUAGUGAGCUAGGUUCUACUAGUCCCUGAACUUUGUCAGUCGGCUCUGCUUUUGUGUGUAGUGAAGGUUGUAACAAACUCUUAAACAGGAUUUACUCAUGUAAAUUACCUUUAUCCUAUUUAUGCUAUAUUUACACAUAGCAGGGAUAAGACAAGUUCAGAAAAAUACAUCACAUUGCAGGCAGCUGUUUGGGUCUUCUUAGACCUCAUCAUCACAUGAUAGAUUCCUUCUUGCUGCAUUCAGAAGCUGGUCAAAGGGCAUCCAAACCAGUAAAUAAACUGUGAUGAGUGAAAAGAUGAGUUAAAAAAAACCUUUUACUGUGAGUAUAGUGGUAUACAAAAUAUAAUUGUGUAGUACAUCUGCACAUUUUUCCAAAGCAAACCUUAGGUAAGUGUUUCUAUUGGAGCAAAGGAUUCUAGGUAAGAUUAAAAAUGCCACUCCUUCCCAAUGCUACUCUAGGCAGCAUUAAAAUAUAGCAGAGACAUUGAAAGUAUCCUUGCCCAGAAUCUAUUAUAACACUGAAAAUACUGUUGAGAGAUCUACUCAUAGAUCCUGAUCUACCUUUUCUCCAACAUAGGUGUGUCCGGUCCACGGCGUCAUCCUUACU